ACUCCGCCCUGCAGAGAUGACUACUGUCACUGUCCAACACACGACAGCAGCGCGUCAGCCGAUAAGACAACUCGACUUCCAUUGCCCCGUCCGAGCGUGCUGACGUGGUGGGAAAGAAACGUUCGUUGAGCCAACUGACAAGCUAACUGGCAUCUCUAUGCAGGUGGCUGAGUUGUGAGAAGGGACCAUGCCUUUGGUCAAGAGAAACAUUGAGCCUCGGCACCUGUGCCACGGUGCAGUGCCUGAUGGGAUUGGCAACGAGCUGGAGUGUGUAACCAACAACACGCUGUCCACUAUCAUCCGCCAGCUCAGUAGCCUGAGUAAACAUGCAGAAAAUGUUUUUGGGGAGCUUUUUAACGAGGCCAACAACUUUUAUGGGCGCGCCAACUCUCUCCAGGACCGUAUCGACCGCUUGGCCGUCAAGGUCACCCAGCUGGACUCCAGCGUGGAGGAGGUCUCUCUUCAUGACAUAAACAUGAGGAAGGCAUUCAAAAGCUGUACAGUCCAGGACCAGCAGGUCUUGUCUAAGGGCAGCACUCCAAACUCUGUGGCUGAGAUGCGCAACAGCAGUGACAGGCCUCCUCCCCUCAGCACCCUCACUGCCUAUAGAGAGGAUUCUACUGAUGCAAUGAAAUUCUACUCAGACCCGUCUUACUUUUUUGACUUGUGGAAGGAGAAAAUGCUUCAGGACACAGAGGACAAGAGAAAAGAAAGGCGGAGACAAAGAGAACAGAAGCGAAGCGUAGAAAGCAGUACCCUUCAGCGCGAGGUGAAAAAGGUGAGAAAGGCUCGAAACCGCAGGCAAGAGUGGAACAGGAUGGCAUUCGAUAAGGAGCUGCGCCCAGAUCACCGUCAUCCGCAGACUCUCUGCCGAGGGGCAUCAUCUGAAGGCUCGCUGUCCCCAGAUGGCAGGCCUGACCUCCCAGACUAUCCCGUCCCUCCAGUCCCCGCCCAUUCUGCUUGUAAUCAUGCCAAGUCACAUGAUUACGUGCCUGGGAAUGCACACCCCUCACCACCUGUGGAGCAUGAAUACCACAGCAUUGAUGUCAACUACAAGAGAGUAACCUAUGCCACAGCAGAGCCUCAUGCAGCAGACCGGAUUAACGGUUCAAUACGUCCACCUGCAGAUUACAACUCCGUCCCUUCACCUCCUGCUCCAGGCCCACCCAUCCCAUCAGCCCAGACAGCCUUUGGGUUUCCACAUGGUACGCUACCACCAACAGCACAUAAUGGAGUUUUGCAUGUAGGCCCAGGCUACCCACUCCCACCUGUACCUCCUCCAGGGCCACGCAUGGUCCCUCCUCCACCAGGUCCCCCACCUCCACCUCUCCCUCCCCCAGCUGCACCCUCACAUAUAGCAGGACACAGCGUAGGCAGCAGAGCUCAGACUAAACCUGUGAGAGACGCAAGAAGUGACCUGCUGUCCGCCAUCCGCAUAGGCAUCCAGUUGAAGAAAGUCCAAGAGCAGCAGGAGCAGCAGAACGAGAGGCAGCCGGUGGGGAAUGACGUGGCCACCAUCUUGUCCCGACGUAUAGCGGUGGAGUACAGUGACUCCGAUGAUGACUCAGAGCUGGACGAAAACGAGUGGUCAGACUGACCGGACACGAAGUGUAGCAGCACCUGGGGGAAGUUUUGCUUUGUAUUGGAUCUUCAGUGCAAAUAAAACAAAACUGUAAAUCA